CUGCGCCCUCUUACCGCACGCCGGGCGGGUCGGGGCGGCGUGGCGGGCGGCAUGGAACCGGUGCCCCGCGAAGAGAAGCCUAACCCGCUGCAGGAUGCUAGCCUCUGCUCCCGGCUCUUUUUCUGGUGGUUGAAUCCCUUAUUUAUUAUUGGCCAUAAACGGAAGCUUGAAGAAGAUGAUAUGUAUAAAGUGAUGCCAGAAGAUUCCUCAGAGAAGCUUGGAGAGGAAUUGCAGUGGUACUGGGAUAAGGAGGUGCAAAAAGCAAAAAAGAGAGGAAAAACACCACAUUUAACAAAAGCUAUUAUUUUGUGUUACUGGAAAUCCUAUUUAGUUUUUGGAAUUUUCACAAUGAUUGAGGAAACCCUCAAAAUAAUUCAACCAAUAUUUUUGGGAAAAAUUAUUAGUUAUUUUGAAAACUAUGAUGCCUCAGACGAGGUAGCUUUGAAUUUUGCAUAUUGCUAUGCAGGUGCUCUGUCUGUGUGCACCCUUAUUCUGGCUAUAAUGCACCACUUGUACUUCUAUCAUGUACAGCGGGCUGGCAUGAAGCUGAGGGUGGCUAUGUGUCACAUGAUUUAUCGGAAGGCACUUCGUCUCAGUAAUGUAGCUAUGGCGAAAACCACCACUGGUCAAAUAGUAAACCUGCUGUCAAAUGAUGUGAACAAAUUUGAUCAAGUAACAAUUUUCUUGCACUUCUUGUGGGCUGGACCAGUUCAAGCUAUAGCAGUAACAGUACUUCUCUGGAUGGAAAUAGGACCUUCAUGUCUUGCAGGAAUGGCAGUUCUGAUUAUUCUUCUUCCUGUGCAGACCUGCAUUGGGAGGCUUUUUUCCUCCCUCAGAAGCAAGACCGCUGCCUUAACAGAUGUCAGGAUUAGGACCAUGAAUGAAGUGAUAAGCGGUAUGAAGAUAAUAAAGAUGUACGCUUGGGAAAAAUCAUUUGCAGAACUUGUGAAUGGCUUAAGAAGGAAGGAGAUUGCCAUGGUUAUGAAAAGCUCCUACCUUCGAGGACUGAACUUAGCCUCGUUCUUUGUGGCGAGCAAAAUAACAGUGUUCAUGACUUUCAUGGCAUAUGUACUACUUGGCAACAUUAUCUCUGCGAGCAAGGUGUUUGUGGCAGUGUCCCUGUACGGAGCAGUGAGACUCACAGUGACCCUGUUCUUCCCUUCGGCCGUGGAGAGAGUGUCCGAGUCACUGAUCAGCAUCCGGCGAAUCAAAAACUUUCUGAUGCUUGAUGAGGUCUCACACUUCAAGCCACAACUGCAUGGCAAUAAUGAAAAUAUCAUUCUUCAUGUUCAGGAUUUGACUUGCUACUGGGAUAAGAGUUUAGAAACCCCAGCACUUCAAAAUAUCUCGUUUACUGUCAGACAAGGGGAGUUAUUGGCUGUGAUUGGUCCUGUAGGAGCUGGAAAAUCUUCGCUCUUAAGUGCCGUGCUUGGUGAACUGCCUAAAGAGAAAGGUCUGAUAAAUGUUACUGGAAGAAUUGCCUAUGUUUCUCAGCAGCCUUGGGUGUUUUCUGGCACUGUAAGGAGUAAUAUACUGUUUGACAAGGAAUAUGAGAAAGAAAAAUACGAAAAUGUUUUAAAAGUCUGUGCUCUUAAAAAGGACUUAGAAUUAUUGGCAAAUGGUGACCUAACAGUAAUAGGAGAUCGUGGAGCUACUCUGAGUGGGGGACAGAAGGCCCGUGUAAAUCUGGCCAGAGCUGUGUAUCAGGAUGCAGACAUCUAUCUUUUGGAUGAUCCACUGAGUGCAGUAGAUGCUGAAGUUGGAAGACAUUUGUUUGAAAAAUGUAUUUGUCAGGCCUUACGUCAGAAGAUUUCUGUUUUGGUUACUCACCAGUUGCAAUACCUCCGUGCUGCAAAUCAGAUUCUAAUUUUAAAGGAUGGUAAAAUGGUGGGGAAAGGUACCUAUGCCGAGUUCCUGAGAUCUGGCGUCGACUUUGCUUCCCUUUUGAAAAAAGAUGAGGAGGUGGUAGAACAGCUGUCAGUUCCAGGAACCCCCAACCUGAAGUCUGCCCGGAACCGAACCUUCUCGGAAUCCUCUGUCUUGUCCCAGGAUUCGUCCGUCCACUCACAGAAAGAUGGAACUGUGGAACAACCACCUGGUGAAAAUGCACUUGCCACAGUGCCAGAGGAGACUCGCCAUGAGGGAAAAAUAAGCUUUAAACUUUACAGAAAAUAUUUCACUGCAGGAGCAAACUACUUUGUGAUUUUUAUACUCUUAGUACUUAAUAUUUUGGCACAGGUGGCCUAUGUGCUCCAGGACUGGUGGCUUUCUUACUGGGCAAAUCAUCAAGAAAAGUUGAAUCUCACAACAAAUGGAAAUAAUAGAACAACUAAGAAUGAACAUCUAGACCUUAAUUUUUAUUUGGGAAUUUAUGCAGGUUUAACAGUGGCUACAAUACUAUUUGGCAUAAUAAGAAGUCUUCUGGUGUUUCAAGUUCUUGUAAAUUCUGGUCAGAAUUUGCACAACAGAAUGUUUCAAUCCAUUUUGAAAGCUCCUGUCUUGUUUUUUGACAGAAAUCCUAUAGGAAGAAUCUUAAAUCGUUUCUCCAAAGAUAUCGGCCACUUGGAUGACUUGCUUCCAUUGACGUUCUUGGACUUCUUGCAGACUCUCCUACAGAUUUUUGGUGUGGUGGCUGUGGCUGUGGCAGUGAUUCCUUGGAUACUCAUCCCCUUAAUUCCACUAUUUAUUCUUUUCAUUUUUCUUCGACGAUAUUUCUUAGACACUUCAAGAGAUAUUAAACGUCUAGAAUCCACAACUCGAAGUCCAGUGUUCUCCCACUUGUCGUCAUCCCUCCAGGGGCUUUGGACUAUUCGGGCUUUGAAAGCAGAGGAAAGAUUUCAAAAAUUAUUUGAUGCACACCAAGACCUCCACUCAGAGGCCUGGUUUCUCUUCUUGACAACCUCAAGGUGGUUUGCUGUGCGUCUGGAUGCCAUCUGUGCCAUUUUUGUUAUAGUGGUUGCUUUUGGUUCCCUGCUUCUCAACAAGACUCUGAACUCGGGGCAGGUUGGUUUGGCACUCUCCUAUGCAAUCACCCUCAUGGGAACAUUCCAGUGGGGUGUUAGACAAAGUGCUGAAGUUGAAAACCUGAUGAUAUCAGUAGAAAGAGUGAUGGAGUACACAGAACUUGAAAAAGAAGCUCCUUGGGAGACCAGCAAACAUCCACCACCAGAAUGGCCUAACCAAGGAAUGAUAGCAUUUGAGAAUGUUAACUUCACUUACAGUCUAGACGGACCAUUGGUUUUAAGACAUUUGUCUGUUUUAAUUAAACCAAAAGAAAAGCAGUCAUUGCUGCAUACAUGUGAAUCUCAGGCAGUGGGUAAUUGCCCUCUGGCGUCUGUUGGAAUAGUGGGAAGAACCGGAGCUGGGAAAAGCUCUCUGAUAGCAGCCCUCUUUCGCUUGGCUGAACCUGAAGGAAGGAUUUGGAUUGAUAAGUACUUGACAUCAGAGCUGGGACUCCAUGACCUGCGGAAGAAAAUUUCUAUUAUACCUCAAGAGCCUGUUUUAUUCACUGGAACUAUGAGGAAAAACUUGGAUCCUUUCAAUGAAUACACUGAUGAAGAGCUGUGGAACGCCUUGGAAGAGGUGCAACUGAAGGAGGUUGUGGAAGAUCUACCCAACAAAAUGGAGACACAGCUGGCAGAAUCUGGAUCUAAUUUUAGUGUUGGUCAGAGACAGCUGGUGUGUCUUGCCAGAGCAGUUCUAAAAAAAAAUCGUAUUCUUAUCAUUGAUGAAGCAACAGCAAAUGUGGACCCAAGAACAGAUGAGUUCAUUCAAAAGACGAUCCGUGAGACCUUUGCUCACUGCACAGUGCUGACCAUUGCACACCGCUUGAACACCAUUAUUGACAGUGAUAGGAUUAUGGUUUUAGAUGCGGGAAGACUGAAAGAAUAUGGUGAGCCUUACAUUUUGCUGCAAGAGCAGGACAGCUUGUUUUACAAAAUGGUCCAACAAGUGGGCAAGACUGAAGCGGCUUCUCUGAUUGAAACAGCAAAACGGGUAUACUUCAGUAAGAAUUACCCAGAAGUUGUUCAGAAUGGUCAGCUUGCCACAGACUCCUCCCUGGAUCCUUCCUCAGGAUUAUGCAUAACUGAAACAGCACUGUGAUUCCUCAUUGCCUUAACUGUGUGGAAUGUAAACCUGAGAUCAUCUAAACUCAGCAACAACGUUUGCAAAUGUCAGCAGGAGAGGAAAGGGCAAUUCAUUGCACUGGACAUCCUUCCUAUUUAAUACUGAGAAGAAAAUUUUUACUGUCCCUAUUUCUUUCAUUUCAGUGCAAUAUGUUUUUCUUUCCAACUAAUUAUGUUUGUGUUCCUAAGGACAUUAGGCAGAUUCAGUUUUUAUUUGAAAGUUAUGUGGUAGAGAUCUCUUUUAUUUAAACAGGUGCAGGACACCUAACAGGUAUAGUGUGCAUAUUUGGAGCUUAGUAAAAUAAUUGGAAUGUGUCCUCUUUUUUUUUUCUUUUAGAAAUAUUUUUGAGAGCAAGCAAAACCAAAUUUUUUUCAGUGUCACUUUAGCAUGAUAGCUCUGUCUGAACAGCAGAUUUGGUAGUGUGCAACUUACUUGUCUAGAGGAACUGUCUUUCUACCUGUCACAAGUAACUAUGCAGGCUGGUAGAAAAAAACUUGAAGAAGCCAAAAACACUUUUUCUUUUUGAUAGAAAAGUACUAUAUACUUUUUUUCUUUUCCUGAUAAACUGUUCAAAUAGUGCUGUUCAAGAUGAAUGUAAAUACUAGUUUUAUUUUGCUAAAAUCCAAAUGCUGAAAAAUCAGUCUCAGUCUUCUGUACUUCAGAAGAAAAUUACCACAUUUGCACUGAAGAAAUAUUUAAAUAAUUUUAACAUACAUUCCUCUUUUCACCUGGGUUAUCAAAGAAAAAAAUGUAUUAAAAUAACUUGAGGAAAUGUUUGAAUGACAUGUCAUUAUACCUAAAUACUGUGUAGUACAAAGUUAUCUUCAACACAGCACAUUGAAAUGUAUACAUUAUUUGCAUUUAUUGUGCCUUAAUAUUUGUGCCUUCAAGCCAAAGCUGUAACUGCAGGGUACACAACAAAUUCAUUAGAUAUAUGUUAAAAAUAUGUAACUUUAGUAUGUUUAAAGUUUUGCAUCAGGGAUUCUGUUGAACUUCAGCUGUUUGAAGUUACCAUCCUGCCAGAAUAAGUAGGAAAUACAACCUGUAGUUUCAAAUGGCUGUUGCUGAUAGAGAGGAAUGCAGUGAGAGAGGGGUUCAGUAUUCAUAAGUUAUGUCCUGAUUCAGCAAAGCACUUUAACACAAAGGCACUAUUCCCAUGUUUAAAAAAAUAAAUCAAGCAAGUGCUGUGUUGCUCCUGAUUUUUUCAAAUUUAGUGAACUAUUCUUUGAGGUCCAGUAGAAAAUACAUCUAUUCAUCUUGCUGUUUAAAGGGCAUAGGAGAGAGACUAAAUGGCUACAGAUUUCUUCAGGACAUGGAAAAUACCAUGCUUUAAAAAAAAUACUGAAGAUGCUUGCUAUUACCUUUAUAAUGCCAAACAAGUGUUAUUUACGCAAUGUUCAUCCAGUGGUCUAAAAGUAAGGCAAACACAAAUGUUUCUCAUUUCAAGCAGUUCUACCAGAGUAUGAUUUAGUCAGAUGCAAAGUUAUUUCUUACUGAGAAGUAAAUUGAGGCCAAAGGCUGUACCUCAGCAUAACCACUCAUCUUGGACAUUUUCCUGCUCAGAGCCAGCCCAGUGGUGAGAGGCAGAAUCCAUGUUCCCCUGUUGCAGCAUUCUCCCUGCACUGGGGCUCGCCGUCCUGCUGUGAGAUCCCAGGAGAGAGGGGAUUGUGUCUGCAGUGCCACCAGCCAGCUUACUGAGGGACAGGGGCUUUUGGAGCUUGUGGAACAAACAUCAGACAUCUGUGCUUGCUAGUAACAUCCUCUUACAUGGUUAGAAAUCAUUAGGGGGAGUUACAAAAUGAGGGCCUUUUGCCCCAUACCUUUUUUUGUCAAGUCCUAAAUAACACUCCUCCUGCAGUGUGUAGCACCUAACACUGUAACAAGUUCCACUGAGAUCAGUGGAACUGAACUUCACACAGUGAUGUGCAGCAGGAGGCUUGUGCCGCACGAUAAAAUAUCAGCCAGCCAGGGACAGCUACCAGCCACCAAGCCACGUGGUAUAGAUAUGCUCAUGUAGGCAGUGCUUAUGGCAGAUCCUUCUGAGAACACACCAGCCACAUCCACUUUUUGUGUUGCUUGGCCCUUCUUUGAGAUGCUGCAGUCCACUUACACAGUGUCCUAGCACACAGUUAUCAUCCCAUGUGUUCUGUGGCUGUUUUCCAUUAAAGUUGUCUGAAAUAAUAGGGCUGUUCUGCAGCUGAGUGAGAGUAGUGGUUGCAUUGCACAGUUAUGUGAAGAUAUGAAGUUUAAAUGUGUAAAGUCAUGUUUGAUAAUGCUGGGGGACUGUGCAGCGUAAAGAAAGUUCAACCUUCUGGCCUUGUCCACAGCUGCCUUUUUGGCAAGGAUCCAUGGAUCCACGUCAAAACUCUCCUCAAGCUUUGCUAUGGAAAGACCUCAUUGGAGUGGUGCAAAACACAGCUAGGGUGAGCUGACCAGUAAGGCAGUGUGCUGCCAACUCAUGUUGGAGUUGGGAGUUUGAGCUCCUUUGUUUAUCUUCUUUUUUUGAGCAGUGUGAAUAUAUUCAGAGUCUGUGUUCUACAAUAUGCAAUUAUUAUUAUUUCUUAACAGUUCUUAUAGAAGAGGAAGUGUGGUGUAUAAUACAGAGACUUUUAAAUACUCUAAGAGAAUAGUAAGUUCUCCUGGCCAUAUGUACCUCGAGUUUAUAUUUUCUUUAUCAGACCCAAGGAGAUCUGCAUGCGUAACCCAAGGGUAUAAUUGCAGUUUUAGUUCAUUUCAGCUCUGAAAUGAAUCUGUGGUAAGUUAUAUUUCAGAGCAGAACUCCAAAACACUGGCUGCUGCAGACUCACUGGUAUGAGACCCUGACAGAUCUAGCUAUCAGUUUGUAAGCUAGAAUUAAUUUGAUCCUGUAGCUUUUUGAAUGUGCUCAAAAAAUGUUAGGUAUCUCUGAAAAUGCUGAUUCUUUUUCUUCACGUGUUUUUGCAGGACACUACUUGCUGUAGGUAUCAAAUAUCAAUAUAAGACAAAACAAAUUUUUCACAAAUUCACACUUGAAACCCAUAAAUUGCUGAGCAAGUCAUUCAUAUCUGUCAUUGGCAUUAUUUCAUCUUUUUGGUUUUUACCAACAAAAAUAUUUUAUUUCAGGAAACUGGUUUUGCUGGUAUUGUUGAUAGCUGUUUUGUUCAGAUGUUGAUUAAGGCCAACUGACUCAUUUCAUUUUAGUUGGGUCCAAAAGGUACAGUGUACCUGAAUGGCAGAACUCAAAUCAGGGGAAGAAAAAGGCCUUCAUGUGAUGAAAGUCCUGGUCUGUUAAAUGAAUACAUUAUCUUUCCACCAAGGUGUUUUACGUUUCCUUAUAAAGAAAAAUUCAAAUCGUUUUAAAGUUCCAUUUUGAAAAUUGUUGUGCUUUAUUUGGAAAUAGCAAAGCAGGUUACUCUAAUUUGCAUACCCUUACUGGGCAUCUUGGAAAAAGAACUCAGUCUCCUGAGUUAUUCAAGCCUUUAAAAAAAUCUCUUCACCAUGAGGUGCCUUAAAGUAUUCAAGAGUCUUAUUUCUAAUACAGUUUCUAAAUACAGUUUUAUACAGUAAUACUGAAAAUCAUCAGUUACAGAAGUGUUGUUUCUUAGGUGUAAAAAUCUAGGAACAGCCUCUACUCCUGAUCUUGAGAAUUGUUUUUCACACAUUUGUUUUGGUAUGUCUUUGCUCCACCCCCUCUCAAAAGACUACUGUGAGGCAGCAGAACAUGUUGGCAAUUCCAAAGCCACAGUUUGCGAGGCUAGGCUACUUAAUGUUUUACUUCUUUCUUUGUUUUAAGGAGAAAAAUCUCUUUAGUGAACUUCACCAUUUGCCAGAUGGGCAUAAUCUUCUGUGAUACCAUUUGUACUGCCUUUUGGAAGACGGAAGACUUCCUGACCAGCCUCAGUAAUGCUGGUUGCUUAAGUAAUGUUGAUGGGUUCUUUUAGCCUUUCUGAUACAUAUGUGAAAUAAGAUUGCAAAACGAAUCAGAGGAAAUGCUGCUUUUUUUGUUGCUGUUGUUGUUAAACUGACCCUUUGAAAUAUCUUGCUUCAAAAUUUGCCUUUUUUUUUUUUUUUUUUUUUUUUUGAAGGGGGAGAAAAGGGUUGAAAUCACUUCUUUCCUGUGAUGGUGAUGAGCAUGACAGUUUUGCAGAAGAUGAAGCUUUCUGUGUAUGUUUUACAUUGUGUAAGAGCACACUGCUUUUUCAUCAUUUUAACCCUGGUUUUGUUUUGGUUUGGUUCUUGCAUUUGUUGUAAUAAUUUGAUUUUGGUAUUGCUAUGGAACAAUUUCUUUUGUGGAUGUUCAUGUGACAACUGCUGUCAUACAAUAAAAGGCAUUUCUCAGAAGCCUGUCUUAAGUCUGUUCUCAUUGCAAAUGUGUGGGUGAAGGCAGAAGUUAGGAACUGAGGUAAGUCAGGA